GCUAGGUGCUAACCCCAUUCCCUUCUAUAUCGGCUCCGACGUUGGCGCCGCACCUCCUCUCGCCUCCUGCCUCGCACGUGGUCGGUGUACUCAUUGCCCGCUGCCCGUUCCUUUCUCCACGCUCUUCCCUCUUCCUCAAAACCCUCUGCCCGACCUGCCCGAACACUCCACCCCAACUUCGCCCUAUAAAUCCAGCGCUGCUUCUCUUUUACCAAAACCCUAAUCAUAGUGUCUUCUCAUUUCACGAUGGCCAGGCUCACCUUUGCCGUUGCCGUUAUCUUCUUCUUCUUCGCCGUCUCGCACGCCCGAACGCCCUUCGACUUCCUGGAGAAUGACGCCGUCGGUCGUCAGACGCAGAACGCCUUCCCGGACCCCGACGCCAAGCCCACAAUCCUCCUUCCCAGUGAGAACCCCGACGCCGUCACUGCCGACGACGCUAAACCGCUGCAAUCAGCCGAAGAUCUGCCGGAAUCAGAGACCGAUUUGACCGAUACCGUCACAUCAGUGCCGUUGACGCUGAUCAACUUCCGUCCGAUCAACCGCCGCCCGAUGCGACCGAUGCCGUUCCGCCCGUUCCACCCGCUCCGCAUCGGCCACCGCUGCCGCCACCACCACUUUAACCCGCACAUGACGAGAUUCCCCGUCUUCCGCGAGGUGCCGUACGGCGACGACAUGUUGACAUCGGGAGAGGAAUUUGAACCCGUGGAGUAUCGCGGCGACAACGGGCAACGGAUCCCGGCGAGGCGAGUGAGGUUCCCCCAUAGCAGGCCGGCAUUUCCGCACCCGCACCACCACCACCACCACCAUCACCACGAUGAGGACGGGGCGUUCGGGUGGGGGAAGUUCCGGAGGGGGCCGUUUCGAGUGGUGGAAAGAGAAGAUAGGGGGAGGGAGGAGGAAGAAGGUGGAUUUCUGAAUCGCAUUCGGGAGAUCUUCAACCGAUUUUAGGGUAUGGAUUCAGAUUACGAUCAUAAAAAAAAAAAAAGAAGUUUGGGAAUUUUGGCAUAAGAUCUUGAGGGGAUGCACCAUGUGUUUGUGUACAUACCUCGAUCGAUCCAUCGAUCUAUAGUUCUAGGCCAUCUUCCUAGCUCAUUGUGUUGUUGGGGGAAGAUUGCUGUUUGUGUAAUAAUUUUGUAUCAGAUUGAGAUAUCCAUGGACAUUGAUGAUCUCAUCUGAGUUUAUCCUUCUUGUUUUGUGCUUAUGUAUAUACGCAUAUACAGUGUUAUACAGUGGUGUGGAUUGGUUUUA